AUGUCACAAACAGAAGUUGAGUUACAGCUGCAAAGGCUUGAAGCGUCCAAUAUCUCCACCUCUUCGGCAGGACACGAUCACAAUAUGCACGACCCAGACGCGGCUGGUGCACAUGACGCGGAAGAAGAGGAGGAAGAAAUGAACGGACCUUUACUUAUUGAGCAACUUGAAGGUAAUGGUAUUACUACAUCUGAUAUCAAGAAGUUGAAGGCUGAAGGGUUUCAUACUAUCGAGUCGAUCGCAUAUACCCCCAAGAGACAGUUGAUCACGGUCAAAGGUAUCAGUGAGGCCAAGGCAGAAAAGAUUUCUAACGAGGCGGCAAAAUUGGUGCCCUUGGGGUUCACAACCGCGUCUGAAUUUCACUCGAGGAGAUCAGAGUUGAUUUGUUUGACUACUGGGUCCAAGCAGUUGGACACGUUGUUGGGAGGUGGUAUCGAAACGGGAUCAAUCACUGAAGUUUUUGGUGAAUUUAGAACUGGUAAAUCACAAUUGUGUCAUACAUUGGCAGUCACUUGCCAGCUUCCGAUAGACAUGGGUGGUGGUGAAGGAAAGUGUCUCUACAUUGAUACUGAAGGAACUUUCCGACCAAAUAGAUUAGUCUCCAUUGCUGAAAGGUACGGGCUCAGUCCUAAUGAUUGCUUGGAUAAUGUUGCGUACGCUAGAGCUUACAACGCAGAACAUCAGUUAAACUUGUUGCAUUUAGCAGCACAAAUGAUGGCAGAACUGAGAUUUUCAUUGUUGAUUGUUGAUUCCAUCAUGUCGUUAUACCGUACUGAUUAUGCUGGUAGAGGUGAGUUAAGUGCACGUCAAACAUCAGUGGCAAAGUUUAUGAGAACAUUGCAAAGAUUGGCUGAUGAGUUUGGUAUUGCUGUUGUUAUUACUAAUCAAGUUGUUGCUCAAGUCGAUGGUAUGUCGGGAAUGUAUAAUCCUGACCCGAAAAAACCCAUUGGUGGAAACAUUAUUGCCCAUGCUUCAACAACUAGAUUGUCAUUGAAAAAGGGGAGAGGUGAGCAAAGAAUUUGCAAGAUUUAUGAUUCACCUUGCUUACCAGAAAGUGAUUGUGUGUUUGCAAUUUAUGAGGAUGGAAUUGGUGAUCCAAAGGUUGAAGAUGAUGAGUAG